AUGACGAAGGCGGAUUAUUAUGGCCCUACCAGUGGCUCCACCGGUAGUUCAUACCAAAACGCCUACGCAAAUGACCAUGUGCUUCUCAAGUUUAUUGACCGAGCUUUGAGCCACUUGCCUCCACAAUCCCACACUUUAGAUGUUGGUUGCGGUACCGGGAAUCCAUUGGAUGUAGCCCUGGAGGCGGCCGGGCAUCAUGUAUCGGGUAUUGAUCUCUCGCCCACGAUGGUGGAGUUAAGCAGAAAGAAUGUCCCGGGCGGCACAUUUCACACUGCCGACAUGAAAUCUUACGAGCCUCCGAAAGACACACGCCUAGAUGCGGUGUUUAACGUGCGCGCCCUCUUCAACCAUACCAGACAGGACAUUGAGGAAUGUGUUGGGAAGUGGGGAAGGUGGUUACGUCGCGAUGGACUUCUAUGUAUGGUUGUGAUUGAAGCGGAUGGCAUGGAUCCAAAGAAGAUGCAAGGCGGAUUUGACAAAGAUGGACGAUGUGCGAAGUUCAACAGGCGAUUCAUGGGACACGAGGAGGUCCAUUCAUUAUUUACUCGCGCCGGAUGGAAGCAUCUUCUGCGCGAGAAUGGGUUCGAGGUUGUGGACGAGCUCGUGGACCUGUUUGUCCCACCAGCAUGGGUCGACUCCGAUGACAUGCCACAAUAUUGUUUCGUUGCCAGGAAGGUGGAAUGA